AUGGGCUCCUCAUCAGUCUCCGAAUCUGCAACACAGGUUCCUUCGUCACACUCAAAUGAAUCACUCGGAUGGCAAUCUGGCCGUGAAGAGAUUACCAUACACGCCACAGAUGAUUCGAUAACCCAGCCACCAUCAUCCGAUAUACUGACGGCGAAAGAAGACGAGAGAAGCUCUGCACGGCUAUUACCUCACGAGUCCGACAUCCUAAACCGGCAGGUCAACCUUCCUAGGAUCCCCUACAGCGCCAGAGUCCUGUAUCGCUAUGCGUCUACGAGCGACAAGAUCAUCCUCGCCGCCUCAGUUUUGUUGGCCGUGAUAGCAGGCGCAGCCCUGCCGCUCAUGACUCUCGUGUUCGGCGGGCUCCAGAAGGAGUUCAUGGACUUUUUUGCCGGCCGCGUGGCGCGGGACGACUUCAUGGAUCGCAUCGACUACUACAUUCAAUACUUUGCGUACCUGGGCAUUGUCGAGUUCACCACGCAGUACUUGACGACGGUUGGAUUUAUGUACACGGGCGAACACAUCGCCGGAAGCAUUCGAGAGAAAUAUCUCGAGAGCUGCGUGCGUCAAAACAUCGGCUUUUUCGACGUGGUCGGCACCGGCGAGCUGUCGACACAAAUCGCUUCGCACACCAACCUGAUCCAGGACGGCAUCUCAGAGAAGGUCUCGAUCACUCUUGUGGCUGUGUCGACCUUUGUCUCGGCCUUCGUCAUCAGCUUUACAAAGAACUGGAAGCUUACUUUGAUGCUGUUUUCUCUUGUCAUGGGCAUCAUCGUCGACAUCGCCAUAGGCUCCCGUGUAGCCAGUCGGUUCACCGGACAGAGUAUGCAGGCAUAUGCAAAAGGUGGCAACGUCGCGGAUGCUGUCUUCAGGUCAAUUCAAAGCACGGUGGCAUUCGGGGCCCAAGAGCGUAUGAGCAAGCAAUAUUACGGCCACUUGAUGAAAUCAGAAGCGCUCGCCUGUCGCGGUAGGAGCAUCAUCGCCAUGUCAGUUGCUGGGAUGAUGUUUCUCCUGUACCUCACGUACGGCCUGGCUUUCUGGCAAGGAAGCUCCUUUCUUGUCCGUGGAAAUGUAGCAAUACAAGACGUUCUCACCAUCAUAAUGUCGGUUGUUUUGGGAGCCUUCAGUCUGGGGAGUGUUGCGUCCAAUCUCCAGGCUUUCACAGCCGCCGCCGCUGCCGCUUCAGACAUCUUCAACAUCAUUGAUCGUCAAUCGCCUAUAGACCCGUGCUCGGAUGAGGGCAACAUGCUGGACAUGGUGAAGGGAACGAUUCGACUCACCGGUAUCAAACACGUCUAUCCUUCUCGUCCAGACGUCAUCGUUCUCGACGGCUUCGACUUGACGAUUCCUGCAGGCAAAACCACUGCUAUUGUCGGAGCUUCCGGAUCGGGCAAAAGUAGCAUCAUUGGUUUGAUUGAGAAGUUCUAUCAGCCAGUCUCUGGGGCCAUUUUUCUUGAUGACCAUGAUAUAAAUGGACUCAAUUUGAAGUGGUUGCGUAGACAGAUGGCUCUGGUUGGGCAGGAACCGAUACUGUUCCGCGCCACCAUUUUUGAGAACAUCUGCGCUGGUUUACAGGGGACAGAGCAUGAAAACUCAAACAGGGACCAAAAGCGUCAACUCGUCAUUCAGGCUGCGCAAAGGUCCAAUGCCUACGGCUUCAUUUCUACCCUGCCAGAUGGUCUCGACACUAUGGUCGGCGAGAAGGGCUCCCAGUUGUCAGGUGGCCAGAAGCAGCGCAUCGCCAUUGCCAGAGCAAUUAUUUCGGACCCUAAGAACGAAGCUACCUCAGCCCUGGACUCGGAAUCGGAAAGCGUAGUCCAGGCAGCUCUCCGGGCCGCAUCUGAAGGCCGCACAACUAUCACCAUCGCGCACCGUCUCUCUACGGUCAAGCACGCAGACAACAUCAUCCUCAUGGCAGACGGCAAAAUCAUCGAACAGGGCACUCACGACGCAUUGAUAGGCCGUAAAGGCGCCUAUCACAGGCUGUCAACAGCACAGGAUCCGUCUUUGGUCAACAAAAUGAUUCUCCGGGAACAGUCCCAUGCCAGUUUAAAAGAUCCGGCGGACACGAAGGGUGGAACUUUGGAAUCUGAGCCACUGCCUCGCCGAGGCUCCUUUCGAAACGCAGGUUCAGAUUCAGGUUUGCAACCACAGCCCAUCGCACAACUAAGAGCUCAGGAACAACAAAGCUAUAGCAUUUGGUCGCUGCUCAAGUUCAUCGCCUCCUUCAACAAACCUGAACUGGGAAUCAUGUUCGUGGGCCUGGUUUUCGCUGCUAUUUGCGGAGGGGGAAACCCCACACAAGCCGUAUUCUUCGCCAAACAACUCUCCAUUCUCUCUCAAUAUGGAGUAUCUGCCGACGACGCUGAAACCAAACACAACUCGGACUACUGGAGCGAACUAUACCUGAUGCUCGCAUUGGUGCAGUUCGUCGCGUUCGCCGCGCAGGGCCUCAUCUUUGCAAGCACCUCCGAACGCCUUAUUCGUCGUGCGCGCGACACAGCUUUCCGAAUGCUCAUGAAACAGGACAUCUCGUUUUUUGAUCAAGAUCACAAUAAUUCCGGUGCACUGACGCACCUUCUCUCAACGGGUGCGAAUCAGCUCGCUGGCCUGAGCGGCAUCACCUUGGGCACGCUGGUCAUGGUCAUCACAACUUUGAUCACGGCGAUCACCGUAUCAGCCGCUAUUGGGUGGCGCCUGGCGCUCGUUUGUACCGCAACUGUGCCCAUACUGUUGGCCUGUGGCUUCCUUCGCUUCUGGCUCCUGUCUCGUUUCCAACAGCGAGCGAAGGCCGCGUACGAAUCAUCGGCAUCAUUCGCGUCUGAAGCAGUCGCUUCCAUGCGGACAGUCGCGUCACUUUCCAUCGAAUCGGAUAUCAUCAGUCGCUACAGAGAGGCUCUGAAGACGCAACAGCGACAAAGCUUGAUCUCCGUGGCAGAAUCAAGUCUUCUAUAUGCCGCUGCCCAAUCCCUUUUAUUCCUAUGCUUUGCCUUGGGAUACUGGUAUGGAGCCUCUCUGAUUGCUGGACACGACUAUACCCUGUUUCAGUUCUUUCUUUGCUUCAUGGCAGUUGCAUACGGAGCUCAGUCAGCGGGCGUUAUCUUUUCUUUCGCCCCGGAUAUGGGGAAAGCCUACCAGGCUGCGUCUGAAUUCAAAAAGCUGCACGAUCGCCAACCCGCCGUCGACGCGACUUCCUCCGGCGGCAGGCAUAUAGAGACGGUCCAGGGCAACAUUGAAUUCGUCAACGUUCACUUUCACUAUCCUUCUCGGCCCGAAGUGUCAGUUCUUCGUGGAUUGGACAUAUCCAUCCGAGCGGGUCAAUAUGUUGCUUUCGUUGGCUCCUCUGGGUGUGGUAAAAGCACCACCAUCUCCCUCCUCGAGAGGUUCUACGAUGCUACAAGCGGGGCUAUAUACGUGGACGGCCAGAACAUCCACACCUUGAACGUGGCAAACUGGCGUUCCCACGUUGCUCUCGUUAGCCAAGAACCUACCUUGUACCCGGGAACAAUACGAGACAACAUCCAGAUGGGAAGUCUCAAAGACGCCGUUUCCGAGGACGCUAUCGAGCUUGCCUGUCGCGAAGCCAACAUUCACGACUUUGUUCUGUCUUUACCUGAAGGGCUGAAUACCCCGGUUGGCGAUAACGGCGUUUUGCUAUCGGGUGGUCAGAAGCAAAGGAUCGCGAUUGCUCGGGCGUUGAUUAGGCGCCCCAAAGUCUUACUGCUGGAUGAGGCAACAUCGGCUUUAGAUCAAGACUCAGAACGCACAGUGCAGUUGGCAUUGGAUAACGCAGCGCGGAGCCGCACAACGAUUGUUGUUGCUCAUCGUCUUAGUACCAUCGCAAAGGCAGACGUAAUUUACGUCUUCGAUGAAGGAAGUGUGGUAGAGCGUGGUUCACACGAUGAAUUAAUGGCCGCGAAUGGGCGAUAA